GACUGUAAGCAUUCUGUCGCAGGAUGUCUGACUUUGAUUCAAACCUGGAUUUGGCGGGGACUGGAGCGAGUCCCGCGGAGGCUGCAGAACUGCAAAGGAUGUUGGCGGUGGAACAGCAGAAAGCCCAGUUCACUGCACAGGUUCAUAAUUUUAUGGAUGUGUGCUGGGACAAAUGCAUUGACAGACCCGGAAACAAGCUGGAUUCGCGGACUGAGAGCUGCUUGGUUAGCUGUGUAGACCGAUUCAUAGAUACAACCUUGUCCAUCACCAAUCGGUUUGCUCAGAUUGUACAGAAAGGAGCACAUUAACAUAUUUUCAGCUCAAGGACUUUUCUUCAUGGUUCUGAUCCUGGCUUGGACUCAACUUCCCAGUUUAAAAAAGAUUCAUUUGACACGAGGAUGAAUCAACUGAAUGCAGUGCAAGGAUACUUGGACACAUAAUAUUAUGAAUUGCCCAUUAUAUAAAAGCAUGUAUUGCAAUAUUAGUUUGGUGAGGCUCGUCCGUGCUGAUCAUUUAUUGUUGGGGAAUGAUUUAAUUUGAUCAAUGAGCACUUGCUCAACAAGUAAAGUUAGUACAAAUUAAAUAGACUUUAUUUUCUAUGUAUCAAAAGCCAGUCUGUUAUUGGUAACCUUUAAAUAUCUAUAUGCAACAAAAUGUUUUCCAGUUGAGGACAAUUAUACCAUGUGCAAAAGGAAUGACCAGAUUUGUGUCUCUA